AUGGAUCUCAACAGUGCCAGUACUGUGGUUCUUCAGGUCUUAACACAGGCCACCAGUCAGGAUACUGCCGUGCUAAAACCCGCUGAAGAGCAGCUGAAGCAGUGGGAAACGCAGCCGGGUUUCUAUUCAGUGUUGCUGAAUAUUUUCACAAACCACACUCUGGAUAUAAAUGUAAGGUGGCUUGCUGUGUUGUAUUUUAAAAAUGGAAUUGAUCGCUACUGGAGACGUGUAGCACCUCAUGCUCUCUCAGAGGAAGAGAAAUCUACCUUGCGCGCAGGACUAAUCACCAACUUCAAUGAACCGAUAAACCAGAUUGCAACUCAGAUUGCCGUGCUGAUUGCAAAAGUUGCUCGAUUGGAUUGUCCUCGACAGUGGCCUGAACUGAUUCCCACUCUUAUAGAAUCUGUGAAAGUCCAAGAUGAUCUUCGACAACACAGAGCGUUACUUACCUUCUAUCAUGUUACCAAGACUCUGGCGUCUAAACGACUAGCUGCUGAUAGAAAACUGUUUUAUGAUUUAGCUUCUGGAAUUUAUAGUUUUGCCUGCUCUCUGUGGAAUCACCACACAGACACAUUCCUUCAACAAGUUUCUUCUGGCAAUGAAGCUGCAGUUCUAAGUUCACUUGAACGAACUCUACUAUCCUUGAAAGUGCUGCGUAAGUUAACUGUUAAUGGAUUUGUGGAACCUCAUAAGAAUAUGGAGGUGAUGGGUUUUUUACAUGGAAUAUUUGAACGUUUAAAACAAUUUUUGGAAUGCAGUAGAAGUAUAGGUACAGAUAAUGUAUGUAGAGAUAGACUGGAAAAGACCAUCAUUCUUUUUACUAAAGUGCUUUUGGACUUCUUGGAUCAGCAUCCCUUUUCAUUUACUCCUCUAAUUCAGAGAUCACUGGAAUUUUCUGUAAGCUAUGUGUUUACAGAAGUUGGUGAAGGUGUUACAUUUGAACGAUUCAUUGUCCAGUGCAUGAAUCUUAUUAAGAUGAUUGUCAAAAAUUAUGCUUAUAAGCCAUCCAAAAAUUUUGAAGAUAGCAGCCCUGAAACUCUGGAAGCUCAUAAGAUUAAGAUGGCAUUCUUCACAUAUCCUACUUUGACAGAGAUAUGUAGAAGAUUAGUCUCUCAUUAUUUUCUGUUAACUGAAGAAGAGCUGACAAUGUGGGAAGAAGACCCAGAAGGCUUUACAGCGGAAGAAACAGGGGGAGAUUCUUGGAAGUACAGUUUGAGGCCAUGCACUGAAGUAUUAUUUAUAGAUAUAUUCCAUGAAUAUAAUCAGACUCUAACUCCUGUACUUUUAGAAAUGAUGCAAACACUUCAAGGUCCCACUAAUGUGGAAGAUAUGAAUGCACUAUUAAUCAAAGAUGCCGUGUAUAAUGCUGUUGGAUUAGCGGCUUAUGAGUUGUUUGACAGUGUUGAUUUUGAUCAGUGGUUUAAAAACCAGCUUCUUCCAGAAUUGCAAGUCAUUCACAAUAGGUAUAAGCCAUUGCGGCGCAGGGUGAUUUGGCUCAUCGGUCAGUGGAUUUCUGUGAAAUUCAAGUCUGACUUAAGACCCAUGUUAUAUGAAGCAAUAUGUAACUUGCUUCAGGAUCAAGACUUAGUGGUAUUAUUCCUUAACCGCUCUUCACCUGUUGAUGAUUUUGAGUUUAGAACAGAUCAGUUUCUGCCGUAUUUGGAAACCAUGUUCACACUACUCUUUCAGUUACUUCAGCAAGUUACAGAAUGUGACACAAAGAUGCAUGUUUUACAUGUCCUUUCUUGUGUGAUUGAAAGAGUCAACGUGCAGAUACGACCGUAUGUAGGAUGUUUGGUACAAUAUUUGCCUCUUCUUUGGAAGCAGAGUGAAGAGCACAAUAUGUUGAGAUGUGCUAUUCUGACAACACUUAUUCAUCUUGUUCAGGGAUUAGGAGCAGACAGCAAGAACCUGUACCCUUUCCUGCUCCCAGUUAUUCAACUGAGUACAGAUGUUUCCCAGCCUCCACAUGUUUAUCUUCUGGAAGAUGGUUUAGAAUUAUGGUUAGUGACUUUGGAAAACAGCCCAUGUAUUACACCAGAGUUGCUUCGUAUAUUUCAGAAUAUGUCACCACUUCUAGAACUGAGUUCAGAAAGUCUCAGAACCUGCUUUAAGAUCAUCAAUGGUUAUAUCUUUUUAUCAUCAACAGAAUUUUUACAGACCUAUGCAGUAGGUCUAUGUCAGUCCUUUUGUGAACUGCUAAAGGAAAUUACUACAGAUGGUCAAGUUCAAGUGCUGAAGGUUGUGGAAAAUGCCCUUAAAGUGAACCCAGUAUUAGGCCCGCAAAUGUUUCAACCAAUUCUACCCUGUAUUUUCAGAGGUAUUAUAGAGGGGGAGAGGUAUCCUGUAGUAAUGUCAACAUAUCUCGGAGUUAUGGGUCGAGUCCUGCUACAAAACACUAGUUUUUUUUCUUCACUUCUUAAUGAAAUGGCACAUAAAUUUAAUCAAGAGAUGGACCAGCUUUUGGGAAAUAUGAUUGAAAUGUGGGUUGAUCGCAUGGACAAUAUUACCCAGCCUGAAAGAAGAAAACUUUCAGCUUUGGCUUUGCUUUCUCUUCUGCCAUCUGAUAAUAGUGUUAUCCAGGAUAAAUUCUGUGGUAUUAUAAACAUCUCAGUGGAGGGCCUACAUGACGUCAUGACCGAAGAUCCUGAAACGGGAACUUAUAAAGACUGUAUGUUAAUGUCUCAUCUUGAAGAACCGAAAGUAACAGAAGAUGAAGAACCACCCACAGAACAGGAUAAGAGGAAAAAGAUGCUGGCCUUGAAGGACCCCGUGCACACCGUGUCCCUGCAGCAGUUCAUCUACGAGAAGCUCAAGGCCCAGCAGGAGUUGCUGGGAGAGCAAGGCUUCCAGUCCCUCAUGGAGACGGUGGACACCGAGAUCGUCACCCAGCUGCAGGAGUUUCUGCAGGGCUUCUGA